AUGGGUUUUUGGAAAUUGGGGUUUUUGGGGGUUCUUUGUGCUGCUUUUUUAUUUUCAAUUGAUGCUGUUGAGCUUCGUAGGAAUCAACCUACUGAAAGAAUUUCAGGUAGUGCUGGUGAUGUAUUGGAAGAUGAUCCGGUUGGAAGGUUGAAGGUUUUUGUUUACGAACUUCCUAGUAAAUAUAAUAAGAAAAUUCUUCAAAAGGACCCAAGAUGCCUCGCCCAUAUGUUUGCUGCUGAGAUCUAUAUGCACCGGUUUAUCUUAUCUAGCCCUGUCCGUACCCUAAAUCCUGAAGAAGCUGAUUGGUUUUAUACCCCUGUAUACACCACCUGUGACUUGACACCAAAUGGCCUCCCUUUACCCUUUAAGUCGCCACGAAUGAUGAGAAGUGCAAUACAACUUAUUUCUUCAAACUGGCCUUAUUGGAACCGAACAGAGGGAGCGGAUCAUUUCUUUGUGGUUCCUCAUGAUUUUGCGGCUUGUUUUCAUUACCAAGAAGAGAAGGCAAUUGAAAGAGGGAUUCUUCCACUGCUGCAGCGUGCUACCUUGGUUCAAACAUUUGGACAGAGGAAUCAUGUGUGCUUGAAAGAUGGCUCAAUUACCAUUCCUCCUUAUGCUCCACCACAGAAAAUGCACACCCACUUGAUUCCUGAUAAGACUCCCAGGUCAAUUUUUGUGUACUUCCGAGGACUGUUUUAUGAUGUUGGAAAUGACCCUGAAGGUGGUUACUAUGCAAGAGGUGCAAGAGCAGCAGUCUGGGAGAACUUUAAGGACAAUCCAUUAUUUGACAUUUCGACCGAGCAUCCAACAACAUAUUACGAGGACAUGCAAAGAGCUGUGUUUUGUCUAUGCCCACUUGGAUGGGCCCCAUGGAGCCCAAGAUUGGUUGAAGCUGUGGUAUUUGGUUGCAUUCCUGUUAUUAUUGCAGAUGAUAUUGUUCUUCCAUUUGCCGAUGCAAUACCGUGGGAAGAAAUCGGAGUAUUUGUUGAUGAACAGGAUGUUCCAAAGUUGGAUACCAUACUCACAUCGAUCCCACCAGAAGUCAUAUUAAGGAAACAAAGAUUGCUUGCUAAUCCUUCUAUGAAGCAGGCAAUGUUAUUCCCUCAACCCGCACAAUCUGGAGAUGCUUUCCAUCAAGUUUUAAACGGACUUGCACGGAAAUUGCCGCAUGACAGAAGUGUAUUCUUGAAACCAGGGGAGAAGAGGUUGAAUUGGACUGCUGGCCCUGUCGGCGACCUUAAACCUUGGUAA